AUGUUUCCCACCGGCACCGGAGCCAACAGCGGCGGGACGGCAGACGCCAGCGCCACCGUGGACGGGCUCCAUCAUCACCCCGGCGUACGCCGCCAUUCCCGUUCCCACUCGCACGACAGCGAGCACCCCGGCGGCAACAGAAGCCGCGUCAACGAUAAUGGAGAUACACCAUCGGAUGGCAGCAGAACGGCCAGCAACAACACCGGCAACAACGGGACCGAGAGCAACGGCACCGGCACCGGCACCGGCACCGGCAUCGGCAUCGGCGGCGAGAGAAAGGGCAGCCAAGGACAGCAGCAGGGCCAGCAGCAACUGGCGUCUCCGCCGCUGACGCUGCCACCCACCGCCGCUUCUCCCACCAAGAGCGGGAGACGCCGCAGGCACCGCGACAAGGAGCGCGUCCGCGUCACUCGCGCCUGCGACAGGUGCAAGAAGCGCAAGAUCCGCUGCACGGGAAUCCAGCCCUGCGAGCUGUGCAUCCGCACCGAAUCUCACUGCACUUACAACGCCUCUUAUGCGCGCGGUCGGCAGCCGCCCGUGGCUACUCGGGAGGAUGUGGCGCGAAUGGACCUCGACGGCCUCGACGUCUCGGUGCCGGACCCCAGUGCUGCUGCUGCUGCUGCUGUCGAUGACUCGUUCAUCGAGUCCAUCGCCGUCGGCGUCUCCGGCCACGUCGAUACCCGCCGUCAAGACGAGACGGACAUGAACGGCACCAGUCUAACCAUUGGCGGCGUCCGGCCCGGCACCCCGGAACCUCCUUCUCGGGUGUCUCCCGAACCCACCCAGACCGACCUCCAAGGCCACUACGUCGGCCCUUCGUCCGGCGUGUCUUUCCUGCUGAGGGUCCAGAAGAGGCUCCAUCAGACCGUCUCUUUCUCUCAGGCGUCCUCCAUCUUUACAUUCGGCGACGCGCCGCUGCCGGACUUUGACCCGAGCGGCGCCUUCUGCGUCCUGAUCUCCAAGGAGGAGGCGUCGGCCCUGCUGAAGAGAUAUUUCGACUUCGCCGUGCCGACACACCGCUUCCUCCAUCGUCCCACCGUCCAAGGCUGGCUGGACGAGUUCUACAGCACGGCGGGCGCCAUGAGGAGCCAGGAGGACGCUCCGGCGCGCAGAGCCCUGCUGUUCAUGGUAUUCGCCCAGGCGCAGGUCGCCCGUUACUUCUUGGCCGCGGAUCACCAGCUGUCCAAGGAGAGAGGCGCGGUGCGCCUGACGAGCGUGCAGGCCCGCCUGUGCCAGUGUUUCUGGCUGCUGUCGCAGUCGCGCAUCAACCACUGCUGGAGCUUGUUCGGCACCGCGGGCCACCUCGCCCUCGCCAUCGGGCUGAACCGCAGCCGGCAUGCGAACCCCGCGGGGGGGUACCAUCAUAUCGAGCUCGAGUGCCGCCGCCGCACCUUUUGGUGCGCUUACAGCUUGGAUAACUAUCUCAGCGCGGCACUCGGGCGUCCGAGAACGUUCCACGACGAGGACAUCGACCAGGAGCUUCCUUCGUGCUCGGAAGAUGCCGACAUCCAUACCCAUCACAUCACGCCUCGGCUGGGUCGCGGCCAGUCACUCAUGCUUGCUCCAGUGGCUCACGUCAAGCUCUCGCGGAUAGUCAGUAUGAUCCUGCGGGAUCUCUACUCCAUCCAUCCCUCAUCUUUUUCACACCGGUGUGCUCGGGCAGCCAAGUAUUCGCAAAGCCUUAGACACUGGAGAGCCGACAUAUCGCAGUUGCUGGACGACGGCGUCAACGCCUCCCUGCUCAUUCCGAUUUUCCAACGACAGCGCAACGUGCUGAACCUGGCAUACUGGCACGCCAUGAUCCUCACGCAUCGGCCUUUCCUCCUCAGCAACUUUGCCCGGCUACAACGCAACGGCAAAAGCCGGCGCCGCAGCGUCACGCAUGAGGACGAGACCGAAGACAGCGUACGGGCCUGCUUGGACGCGGCCAUGCACAUCGUGGAGACCGUCAACGACCUCGUCCAGGCGGGACAGCUCUUCCGCGCCUUCUGGGUAAGCAAAUCUUUCCCGGCUACCGUUGUUAGCGGGGGGGGGGGGGGGGGGAGGCCCAACGGAACCCUGACUCUUCGAAUCCAGUUCACUUCCUACUUCGCCUUCUCGGCGGUCGUUGUCCUCUACGUGUACACCAUCCAGCAACGGGCAGCACCGGCGGAGACGUGGCGGGCCUACUUCGACGCGGCGUCGCGCUGCCAGACGCAGCUGGCGACCCUCGCCGACAACGAGUCGACCCUGGCGGCGAGGUACUGCCUCGUCCUCGAAGAACUGCGGACCGAGGCGCUGAGGCAGACGGAGAGGCCCCGGCAGCACGCAGACGGUGGCUCCCGCCACAAGCGUGGGCCGCACUUCCGCGUCGACACGGGGGCGCAAAAUGAGGAAACUCAAGACCAAGUCAAGGACCACCACCUGGCGAGCCUCGGCUUCUCUGGCGUGGGCCGCGCCGAGGACUUUGUCGGCUUCGACGCGAGCCCCAGUAGCUCGUUGGCGGACAUGACGAGUUGGGGCCAGUUCGAUUCCAUGGUUUCCAUAUAUCUUGGUUGGCAGCGAUUAAGCGCGCAGUUACAGUCGCUUGCAUGCGGGUAUAUGGUUCUCACACGGCGCCGAUAG